CGCGCCGCGCCGGCCAGGAAGGGGCCGGAGCCGGCACCAUGGCGGCGGUGGCGACGGCGGGCCCCGAGGGGCGGCGCGUGGUCCAGGAGGCGGCGGCGGCGGUGCCGGAGAGGGGCGGCGGGAGCUGCGUGCUGUGCUGCGGGGACCUGGAGGCCACGGCGCUGGGCCGCUGCGACCACCCAGUGUGCUGCCGCUGCUCCACCAAGAUGCGGGUGCUCUGUGAGCAACGCUACUGCGCGGUGUGCCGCGAGGAGCUGCGCCAGGUGGUCUUUGGGAGGAAGCUUCCUGCCUUUGCUACAAUCCCCAUCCACCAGCUGCAGCAUGAGAAGAAGUAUGACAUCUACUUUGCUGACGGGAAAGUGUUUGCCUUAUACAGGCAGCUGUUGCAGCACGAGUGCCCGCGAUGCCCUGAGCUGCCACCUUUUGGCCUCUUUGGGGACCUGGAGCAGCACAUGCGGAAGCAGCACGAGCUGUUUUGCUGCAAGCUGUGCCUCAAACACCUCAAGAUCUUUACCUAUGAGCGCAAGUGGUACUCGCGCAAGGACCUGGCUCGGCACCGCAUGCAAGGGGACCCUGAUGACACGUCGCACCGCGGCCACCCGCUCUGUAAGUUCUGUGACGAGCGCUACCUGGACAAUGAUGAGCUGCUUAAGCACCUGCGGCGCGACCACUACUUCUGCCACUUCUGUGACUCUGAUGGGGCCCAGGACUACUACAGUGACUACGCAUAUCUGCGCGAGCAUUUCCGAGAGAAGCACUUCCUGUGUGAAGAGGGCCGUUGCAGCACCGAGCAGUUCACCCACGCGUUCCGCACCGAGAUCGACCUUAAGGCCCACAGGACAGCCUGCCACAGCCGGAGCCGUGCUGAGGCCCGCCAGAACCGCCAGAUCGACCUGCAGUUCAGCUACGCGCCGCGGCACUCACGCCGGAAUGAGGGGGUCGUCAGUGGCGAGGACUACGAGGAGUUGGACAGGUACAACCGCCAGGGUCGCGCAGGCCGGGCCAGCGGCCGUGGAGCCCAGCAGAGCCGCCGAGGAAGCUGGAGGUACAAGAGGGAAGAAGAGGACCGAGAAGUGGCAGCUGCCAUCCGAGCCUCAGUGGCUGCACAGCAGCAGCAGCAGCAGCAGCAGCAGCAGCAGCAGCAGCAGCAGCAGCAGCAGCAGGAGACACGCAGGAGCGAGGACCAGGUGGAGGGCACCAGGCCCAGAAAGGAGGAGGCAGUGGUGCGGGGGCCUGAGGAGCCCCGGGGCCCCCGGCGUCCACCCCGGACUCAGGGCGAAGGCCCAGGCCCCAAAGAAUCCUCGACAAACGGUCCUGUGAGCCAAGAGGCCUUCCCAGCAACCGGCUUGGCUGCAGGGACCGCACUUCCAAGCACUCUCCCACCCCCAACUUCGAAGCUCAAGGAUGAAGACUUUCCCAGUCUCUGUGCCUCUGCUUCCUCCUCCUCCUCCACUGCAGCAGCCCUGGGCCCCGUGGGGCUGCCGCUGGCGUAUGCGGUUCCCAGCAGGGGUAGGAGCACCUUCCAGGAGGACGACUUCCCUGCCCUGGUGUCCUCUGCUUCCAAGCCCACCGCUGCCCCCACCAGCCUCAUCUCUGCCUGGAACAGCAGUGGCAGCAAGAAAGUGGCACAUCCCACCACUGGGGCCCAGUCUGCUGGUGGGAGCAGCCAGCCCUCCAGGAAGGCUGGGAAGGGGGGCAAGGGUGGCAAAAAGGGUGGGCCGCCCCUGGUGGAGGAGGAGGAGGAUGGCCGCACUGGCCUCACCGCCCAGGAGCUGCGGAGCGUGCCCACAACAGUCACCGUCUCCUCCCUGCUGGCACUGGCCUCCACCCAGACCUUCACCAAGGUUGGCAAAAAGAAGAAAGUGGGCUCUGAGAAGCCAGGUGCCGCAUCCCCUCCGCCACUGCCCUCUGACAAAGACGGGUCCCCUGGGGCUGAGCAGGCCCCCACAGCCCCCACUGGCAGGGCUGAGGGGCCAGUUGGUGUCGUCGUCAAUGGACACACAGAGGGGCCGGUCCCAGCUCGGAGCACUCCCAAGGAACCCCCUGGGCUUCCAAAGCCCCAGGGGCCCCUCCCUUGCCCCACACCCCAGGAAGACUUCCCAGCGCUCGGCGGCCCCUGCCCGCCCAGGAUGCCCCCGCCCCCAGGCUUCAACACUGUGGUGCUUCUGAAGGGCACUCCACCCCCGCCUCCGCCAGGUCUCGUGCCCCCAAUCAGCAAGCCGCCCCCUGGCUUCUCCGGCCUUCUGCCCAGCCCCCACCCAGCCUGCGUCCCCAGCACUACCACCACCACAAAAGCACCUAGGCUGACAUCCAUGCCACGGGCCUACCUGGUCCCUGAGAACUUCCGGGAGAGGAACCUGCAGCUCAUCCAGUCUAUCAAGGACUUCCUGCAGAGCGAUGAGGCCCGCUUCAACAAAUUCAAGAGCCACUCGGGGGAAUUUAGACAGGGUGUGAUCUCCGCAGCCCAGUAUUACAAGAGCUGCCGGGACCUGCUCGGGGAGAACUUCCAGAAGAUCUUCAAUGAGCUGCUGGUGCUCCUGCCCGACACGGCCAAGCAGCAGGAGCUGCUGUCUGCGCACACGGACUUCCGAGGCCAAGAGAGGCCUCCCGGCACCAAGGCCAAGAAGAACAAGAAGAAUGCGUGGCAGGCCAGCACCCGGCAGACGGGCCUGGACUGCUGCGUGUGCCCCACCUGCCAGCAGGUGCUCGCGCACGGUGAUGUCAGGAGCCACCAGGCGCUGCACGCCGCCCGGGAUGAUGACUUCCCCUCCCUGCAAGCCAUUGCCAGGAUCCUCACGUAGCUCCCGCCAGUGUGGGCAGAAGUUGCCAUACUCAUGAGCCUCCUUUCUCCUUCCUUCUCCCCCUGGGCUGCCAAGCAGCCAGGUGAGGCCACCUGUUCAGGUCCCGCAGCUGACCAGCCCCCCAGGGGUCACCAGGAAGGCCCACCCCACCCUGUCAGCACACCAUCACGCAGGAGUCCAUCUGGUUUUCUCCUGGGAACUGGGGAAGGCCCCUGCCUUAGCAGCAGGCCGGUCUGGGUUAUUCUCAUGCUUUGGGAAGGGCCAGGACGCCGGGACCUGUCUGUGGUGUCAGAGUGAGUGGCCACGGUGGCCUGAUUUGGGACCUCCUGAGCCUGAGGGCUGUAGCAUCAUGGUCCCUGAGCCAGAAGCUGUGGGUCCACUGGUGGUGGAGUCAGAUGUUGAGUGUGUUGUGUAAACAGUUGAAUGUUUCAUGAUUCAAGAAUGUUCAGGAUUAAAAGCAGACACGAAAUCGUGCUACUUGACGUUGAAUCUUUUUACGAGACGAGCUGAAUCUGGGAUCUCAAAUUGCCUCUGACCUUUUAUAAGACAAUUUAUCUUCAAAUAAAUUUAUUUUGCAAUAA